GACCCAAGGUCUGACUUCCAAUUGCAGUGGUUAUCCAAUUUAAUCCAAUCCGACAGACAGUCAUGCAGCAUCCGCAUCCCAGUGACCAGCCCACCUACAUGCCAGAGGUUCCUUUCCAGCCGCUUUGGGGUCAGGAGGCUCCUCCGCCGCCCAUAGUGCCCUACCAGGAGCUCAUCGCCGGCUUUCCCUGCACCGAUUUGUCUCUAUGGCAGCGAUCGCAGGUUACACCCUUGGUUGCCCAGCGUUCGUCGACAAAUGGCAGGGCCAACGGGUCCUCCAGCUCCUCGAAGAAGACCCGCCGACGGGUGGCCAGCAUGGCCCAAAGGAGAGCUGCCAAUAUCCGCGAACGCCGACGGAUGUUCAACCUGAACGAGGCCUUCGACAAGUUGCGCCGCAAGGUGCCCACCUUCGCCUACGAAAAGCGACUCUCCCGCAUCGAAACCCUCCGUCUGGCCAUCACCUACAUAGGAUUCAUGGCGGAGCUGCUCAGUGGCACUCCAUCGAACUCCCACAAGUCCCGGUCGGAGGUCUACAGCACCAUGAAUGGACACCACCAGGCGCCACCUCCGGCAAUUCACCCACAUCAUUUGCACCCCGCGGCUGCCUAUCAACGCGACUUUGCCUCGCCCUAUAACCACAGUUUAACUUAG